GAACUCGGUGCAGUUCCUGGUUUGACCGCCAGAUGGAGACCGAGGCGCUCGUGCGCUCACACAGUCACAGCGGAACUGCAGCGAGGAAGCGUGAGUACAUGUACAAGUUUGGGGGCGCUGCAGGAUUCUCCGCCGUUCUGGCAGCCAUGACGUCUUCAUCAGUUCCGGAAAAACCCAGAGAGGAAAUCAGUAUAGACGAGCUCUCUCUGUACACAACCCCUCAGCAGAAAUUCCACUAUGUUGAGCCAGAGAAAGGAAGGAUGGAGGAGAACAUGACCACACUCAGGAAAAUGACUGAGCCUUACGUUACAUGGUGUCAGAUCAACACUAAUUCUGCUAAAGAGACAGUUCAGGGAGCCUACGGAGUGGUGAAGCCCAAAGUGGACAGAACAGUUCAGUUUGGCCAAGACAGUUACGAGUAUCUGAGAAAUCCUCCUAAGGAGUUUUAUCCCAGAGCUGGAGUGAUCGGAUUUGCCGGAAUACUCGGCCUUUUCCUGGCGAGAGGCUCCAGGAUGAAGAGGUUGAUUUACCCAACAGGUUUGAUGGCUGUUGGUGCUUCUAUGUACUACCCUCAAGAAGCAGCCACUAUUGCCAAGAGUACAGGAGAUGCAGUGUAUGACUUCACACUUCAGGCUUAUGUCACCAUUGAGAAGCUCGUCACAGGAAAGUCUGCAGUGAAGCAUGAAGACAAAGUGAUGAAGGCAGAGAAGAAACCCACUAAUGGAGAGACGAAAGAAUAGUUACAGGAAAUGGCAUCAUAACAGAGCUUCCACUUUUGCACUAGCCACACCCCUUCACCAUCUAUCACAGCAGAAGAGGCGGGGUCUGUCAAAGCACUUUUAGCCUUGACAUUGUGGGUGGAGCCUGCUGAAAUGGUAUUUUAAUGUAUAUUUGUGUAUAAAUGCAAAUAAAAACACUUGAGAGAGAGAGA